CCCUUCUCUGGGACGCUGGCGGCACUCAGGAGCUCUGCCGCGUUCUGUCCGUCCACGCCAACGGCAACGGCAAUCAGCUCCUGGUCCAAUAUGCCCUCACAUCCCUGCAGCACCUAGCAGACACGGAGCUGCGACCCCAGGUGCCAGCGGCGGUUCUUCCCACCCUGCUGUCCUUGAUGGGACGCCCCAUGUUUGCCAAGACGAGCGUCGGCAGCAAAGCGCUGCAGACCAUCGGGCUGCUCUCACUCCGUGACGGCCAGGGGACGGCGUUGCUUGCGCAUCUUUUGGCUUCUUCGCCCGUGGCGCUGGGCAACCUAGCAGCACUAUUGCACGCCAAGGUGCCGCCAGGUGAUGUAUCGCCUCUGUCAGCACGAUCUGCGCAAUUGGAGGGACCCGGCGAGCCCCAAGAGGACGCGCCGGUGGUGGGGGUGGCCCCUGAACUUACCGCAGCCACCUGUGCGGCAAGCCUCUUCUGCAGCGUGUUAUCAGGGCCCGGGGCAGACCCCGAGCACGCGCGAAUCAUCGCGGACGCACUGCUGCCGCCUGCAGCCGCAGCCCUCCAGCGCGUGGCCGAAUCCGCGUUUGCCAGCUCCGGUCACGGCGCCGCUUGGCCCUCUUACGUGGCUCAAGUUGUUGAGGCGGCGCUGUCGCGCGCAGGAGAAUCCGUUGCGGCGGCCGCAGAUCGCGUGCUGGAUGCGGCACCUGGCCUCACACAGGAUCUUGAACAGCUGCUCGCCCUCCCUUUCUGGGAUGGCGCCUCCACUUACACGGUCCACCCCAGCGCGCAGCCAAGCGGGGCAGCAAGCUGGGAGGAAGCUCCGCAGCAGUCUGGAAACUCCAAGGCUGUCGUGCAGCGGCUUUGCACGCGGCUUCAAGAGGCAGACAGCCGGCGCCGGCUGCGACCGCAAAUGCAACUGGAGCAGCGUCUGCAAAAGCGGCGUCAGCAACAGCCGGGGCCCCGACUGCAGCUUCAGCCACCAGCACAGCAACAGGAGCCGCCCAUGCCGGCCUGCGCUGGCUGUGGCAGGGCCGAGGCGGCCGGCAGCGGCGUGCGGCUGCGGCCUUGCCGCGGCUGCCGGCGGGUGCGUUACUGCGGUGAGGAGUGCAUGAGGCGGCAGUGGCCCGGCCACCGCGCUGCCUGCAAGGCGGCGCAGGCAGCUGCACAGCAAAGGGAGUGA